UCGGAACCACGACUCACAGUUCACCUGCGGCCACGUCAUUUGACUCUCUUCGGUUCUCUCAUUAUGCUGACAUUCUGCUGAGAAUUUUUUAGAAAAGCGGCAAAGCACCAAGUUUUACUCGUUGGCAAAUUAGGCGACAAUUUAUUUGGUAACGGUGCGUUCUAACACGUCGCGAGACUGCGAAGGAAAAACACCAAACAACAGAAGAAGCAGAUAGCAGACAGCAGCCCCUCGAGGUAUCAGGUCAGGAUGAAUAUUUUUCGCUUCGCUGGAGAUCUCUCGCAUGUGUUCGCCAUAAUAAUAUUGUUGCUAAAGAUAUGGAAGACCCGAUCGUGCGCCGGCAUAUCCGGCAAAUCGCAGAUUCUCUUCGCAGUGGUAUACCUCACCCGCUAUCUUGAUCUCUUCACCACAUACGUGAGCCUGUACAACUCGGUGAUGAAGGUGCUUUUCCUGGCCACGUCUGGAGCCACGGUAUACUUUAUGUACGUCAAGUUCAAGGCAACCUACGACCACAACCACGAUUCCUUCCGCAUCGAAUUCCUGCUGGUGCCGUGCGCCCUGCUCUCGCUUGUGAUUAAUCAUGAGUUUACGGUGAUGGAGGUGCUGUGGACCUUCUCGAUCUAUUUGGAAUCGGUCGCCAUUCUACCGCAGCUGUUCCUGGUGAGCAAGACCGGGGAGGCCGAGUCCAUCACGAGCCAUUACCUGUUUGCCCUCGGAUCGUACCGUGCACUCUACUUGCUCAACUGGGUCUACCGGUACAUGGUGGAGUCGCAUUACGACCUCAUCGCGAUCUUUGCCGGCAUUGUUCAGACCAUCCUCUACUGCGAUUUCUUCUACUUAUACAUUACCAAAGUUCUUAAGGGCAAGAAGCUACAACUGCCGGCAUAAGGAGUCGUUGGCUUGUUGGUACACAUCAUCAGUCGAAGGCAUUAAGAAGCAAGUGAAAACAUUCAGACGGAGAUGGAAUGCAAACAAAGCGAUGAACGCGUGGACCGUUUGACAAAAGCAUAUUUAGUUCAUAUUAUAAAGAAGAUGCAUCGAGCGGAGAGUAUAAGUUGUAAUAUUAUUUUUUGAGAAAUAAACCGAAAAUCGGAAGUCAAACAAACUUGCAAUAUCAAAAUAAUGUAUUCGCUCGGUAAACGAUGCAUUAAUCUCCGUUUCUCGAUACCCACAUUCUUAGCUGUCACAAAAUCCAAAAAAUAUUAAAUUAGUAUUCCUUUAAUGGAAAAUUGUCUAAUGAACUUUUAUUAAACAGGUUUUCUCCUUAAGCGGAGGCUUUUUCAUUGAUAACAAUACCACUGAAGAGGUCAUAGAUUUCCUUCAUUAAAUUAGAAUUUAAAGAGUAUCAAUUAAAUAGCUUCUAAGCGGAAUGUAUCCUAAAAAUCCGAAUAAGUUAAGUCUAAGUUUUGUGGCUUAUUUAAACGUAAAAGAAUUUGCAAUGCCGUCAGCCCCAGACUCGUGAAAACUCCAAGUGUUAGAAAUUUGUGCACAAUUUCAAUAAAUUCAAAGUAUCAACUGUAA